AUGCUCUAUGGAAUAUUAUUAGAAAGUGCAAGAGAUGGAAUUUGUCUUGGUUAUGGAAAUCAAAUAUGGAAAAAAAUUGUUCAAGAACUUAAUUUUGAACAUGAAUCAUUUACAACACUUGGUCGAUAUGAAGAUAAUUUAGUUGAAAAAAUUGCUGAAUGUCUUGCUGAUAUACUUCACGAAGGUACACCAGAAUAUUAUAUGCAAUUUUUUGGUGAAUGUUUUGUUCGAUUUUUUACAAACUAUGGUUAUGAUAAAAUUUUACGUGUUGCUGGAAGACAUUUUGGAGAUUUUCUUCAUUCAAUUGAUCAACUUCAUGAUUCAACAAAAUUUAGUUUUCCUCGAAUGAAAUCUCCUUUAUUUCAUGUUCUUGAAGAAGAUGAACUUGGAGCUUUUCUUCAAUAUAAAUCUCGUCGUCGAGGAUUUCAACGAUAUAUUGUUGGACAAUUGAAAGAAUGUGCAUCAAGAUUUUAUAAUGAAGAUAUUUAUGUUCGAAUUCAAGAUGAUUUAUCAACAAAUGAAUGUACUCGUAUUGUAUUUCGUGUUGAUUUUAAUAAUUCAGCAGUUAAAGAAACAUCAAAACGUCUUCAUAGUAUUCCAAAUUUACCAGAUAUAACAAGUGACACAUUUUUCAAAGUAUUUCCAUUUUGUGUUUUAAUUGAUCCAUCAAUGCGUAUAAAUCAUAUGGGAAAAUCAAUUAAAAGUCUUUUUCCAGUUGAUACAGUUAUCAUUGGACGUCAUCUUGAUGAAAUAUUUCGAUUGAUUCGACCAGAUAUUGUUCUUGAAUGGAAUAAAAUGCUUAGCUAUGGUCGACAUAUUGUUUUUCUAAUGGAAAGUCGAAUACCAUUACGAUCUGAUAAAGGAAAUAAAUCUAAUGAUAAUUCAAUGAAUAAAAAACCUAAAACUACAGCAGGAAUGACAGGAAGUUCAGCCAUUCGAUUAAAAGGACAAAUGAAAUGGAUUAGCAGUUGGAAUAUGAUUGUUUUUCUAUGCCAUCCUAUAUUAUCAACAACUGAAGAAAUGAUGAAUAUUGGAUUAACACUUCAUGAUCUAAAUUUUUAUGAUGGAUCAAGUGAAAUUCUUAUAGCAGGAAUGCAACAUGCAAGACAAUUACAAGCAGCUAUCGAUAAACAACAUGCAUGGAUUUCAAAAUUACAAGAAACAAAAGUUGAAUUACAAGAAUGGCGACGUAAAGGAAAACGUCUUCUUUAUUCAAUGAUGCCACGUCAUAUAGCUCAAAUGUUACAACAAGGAAUUGUAGCUAAUUCAAUCUGUGAAUCACAUAAAUUAAUAACUGUAUUAUUUUGUUAUACAAUGGAUUUUAAAGAUGUUAUACAAAAAUUAACUCCAACUGAAAUAGUUCAAGCUGUUAAUCAAAUGGUUGUUAUUUUUGAUCAAUGUGCAGAUAAAUACGAUGUUUUCAAAGUUGAAACAAAAGCAGAUUCAUCUUAUAUGAUUGUUUCGGGUAUACAAGAACGUGCUCCACAACGACGAAUAUCUAGUAGUUCAGGAUCAAGUGUAAGAAGUUCAGUAGGUGGAGAUAGUACAGAUGAAAUAAUGACUGAUGUAAAAAAUCCACUCGGUUUAAAUCAAGCUGAAAUUCUUGCUGGACUUGCUCUUGAACUUUCGCGACAAUCAAAAAAAAUUAUUAAUAAAAUUAGUAAAGUACCAUUUAAGAUUAAAAUUGGUUUUCAUUCUGGUCCAGCAGUUGGAGGAAUUGUUGGACAUAAAAAUUAUCAAUAUUGUCUUUUUGGCGAUACUAUUAAUACGGCAAGUCGAGUGACAACAACAAGUGAAGUAGGCCGUGUUCAUUUAAGUGUAGCAUCAUGGGAAUUAUUGAAAGAUUCAAUAUAUUUUGAAACAAGUCCUCGAGGAAAAAUUCAUAUGAAGGGUAAAGGAGAAAUGCAAACAUUUUGGUUAAGUGGAACAAAAGAUGCAUAUAUUGAAUAUGCAGCUAUGUUAGAAUCAAAAAGUGAAAUUCUUGAUAAUGAUAGAUUAUCUGAUUAUCAUCCAGCAAUGUAUGAAAUAAAUUCUCGAUCAAAACCUCUUCUCAAUGUUAUUAAUAAAUUACCUUCUUCAACUGGUCAAUGUCCAUUUAGUGGGAUGAACGCAUCGACAUUUAUUUAA